AUGGCUCAUCAAUUAGCAGCCAUCUUCGGGGAGUUAGGGAUCAGUCAGUAUCUCGACACGUUUAUUGAACAGGGCUUCGACACAUGGGAGACCAUUCUCGACAUCACGGAAUCCGACCUCGAUGUACUAGGCGUGAAACUAGGUCAUAGACGGAAACUCCAGAGGAGGAUAGCAAAUUACCGAGGGCUCGCGCCAGAAGUUUCAUUGGCUCCCUUGGCACAGCCUAGCAUAGAAGAUUCCAGGCCGCCAGAGGUUGUACCUCGUGCUGAGCCACCAAAGCUCGAACUACGAGAACCGGGAACUGUCAUUGUUACCAAGAGAAAGUAUCGCAGACACCCCAAGGCAGACGAAAAUGCGCCGGAAAGACCACCGUCAGCCUAUGUGCUGUUUUCCAACAAGAUGCGUGAGGACCUCAAGGGCCGUAACCUCUCAUUCACCGAGAUUGCCAAGUUAGUCGGCGAAAACUGGCAAAACUUGACCCCGGCUGAGAAGGAGCCUUAUGAGUCGAAAGCGCAGGCUUACAAGGAAAAAUAUCACGCUGAACUUGCCGAGUAUAAGAAGACGGCUCAAUACCAAAAGUACAUGCAGUAUUUGGCGGACUUCAAGGCGAAACAUUCUCUCCCAUCUCAAGACAAGGAGUCAUCAAAGCGAGUGAAGCUCUCGGAAUCUGGCGGUCCCAGCAGCGCUGCUGCCACGCCGACCAGGACAUGUCGGAGUGGCAGUGGUGGUAGUGACAGCCUUCACGGAAGCGAACCACCACCAUCUAGGGAACAAAGGAUAAGCUCCAUUGUCUCCACCACGGAUUCUCAUCAUUCGGCGGCACUGAGCCCCAGGUCGUAUCAUGACGAUGCCAUGCAAUCGCCACGUACGAUCCACGCGGAUCGACAGUCUCCAGAACAACGAUCACCCACUGCUUUCAACACUUCGGCGAAAAACCACCCAUUACCGAACCGAACAGAGACUGCCCGACCAGAGGAACAUGGUCAGGAACAGCCGCUAAGCACACCUCAGUCUCAACAGAAUCUACCAUCCUUCUCCGAUGUUUUUGAUAGCCACAGAUUCAUGCCCGGCGCGUCACAGCAGUCGAACGAACCCAGCAGCUAUUUCUCAAGGGGCAGCCUCACCAACAGCCCUGGUCCCCCACCCGGCUUGGUUGGCGGCGACCGGAGAUAUCCGCCUGCGUUGAAGAAGGAGCAGUCCUCAGCGGGUAGCAUAUCCUCGGCCUCCACGACCUCGUCUUAUGGCUAUCCAAGGACUCCUACUGACGGUCCAUUGCCGAUACAGGCUUUGCUCUCGUCAAGCUCCUCCCACUCCUACAACGAGGCAGGCCAACCGCACCACGCAUACCCUACGGGUCCCUUGCCUGUGCACCAAAAGCAGCCGCAACAUCAACAGCAGCAGCCGCCGGCGCUUGCUAGCCUGCGCAUGACGAAUGGUAUGCCAUGGAGAAAGCUACCAUCGUUAACUAGAGACGCCGCUGACGAAGCCGUCGUAGGCUACCACAGGGCUUUAUCACUUGCGCACGCGCCCCCUGCUGUAACGAAUGGUGCUCAUUCUACUGCUGCUACUUCUCAUUCUAUUAAUGCUGUAUAUGGAAUCCCGCCACCACCACAACCACACCAACCAUCUCAAAUGGGUCCUGGUCAGGUACAGCAUCAGCAACAAUAUCAUCAUCACCACCAACAACAACCACAACAACAAGGAAAGCCAGAGAGAGGGAACCCCAACCUCGAUGGGAUGAGCGCCCUGUUGAAAGCAGGCGAGAUUGUUGAUCGUCGGACACAUUGA